AUGGAUAGAUAUGAAUUUAAAGUGAAACUCGGUGGAGAUAGGUGUGUUAAGCUGUUUUUGAACUCAAUUGAGAUGAAAACGUUAGAUUUUCACUCACUUAUGCAAAGAAUUUUGGAAAGAGUUCCGAGUCUUUGUGGCAAAGAAGUUGCAUUAAAGUAUUUGGAUGACAGAGAGGACUGGGUUGACCUUCCAAUCGGAGAUCUUGAUUCAUUUAUUGAUAUGGUCGAAACGGCAAGAAACUCAACUCGCGAAAACCUAAAAAUUAUUCAACUUAAAGUGAAUGAGUUAGCUAACACACCACAAGAUGGCGCAAAGCACGGCGUUUCACAAAAGCGUUCUCGAGUUUCUCCGUCUCCCUCUCCAAAAUCCGCGGACGCUGUAUUAGUACACAUGGCUAAAAAGUCAAGACCUCUGUCAGCCGCGAAAUGCCUUGAGUUUGAUAAUACCACCACUGAGACAGCUGAUAAAAUAUACCGGUCUCCCGCUGAUAAGUUCUUUGAUAAACUUUCGAAAGACAAGGACAAUGUAGAACAAAAUGUCGCAAAGAAGCAACGUGAAUUAUCUGAACUUCAAAAUAGCUGUAAACCACUAACUGGCGCCACCGUGGCAGGCAAGAAGGCGUCUUUAUGCUCAGUUUGCCAUUCAGCGGGACAUAAUAAAUCUAUUUGUUCAUUCCCUCCUUGUUCUUCUGCGACAAUAUGUAAAGAAAUCAAACGGCACCCAGAUGAGGAGAAAUAUAUUAAACAAAUACAGUCUGAGUUGAAAGUUUUAAAUGGGAAAUUAAAGCAACUAGAAAACGAUCUUACUUCCAAGAAAGAAUCCUACGCCUCAGCUCUCAACACAUUUGCUGCCAAAGUGCAAGCAAAUCUAAUUAACAGCAAUCCUGAUAAAUACCUUAGGAAAACUAUCGCUGGAGACAACGUACCGAACUGGCUAGUCGUGAAUACAGAUAUUCGAAAGCUUGAAAGAGUGUGUAAGGGAAAAGUUCCAGAUAUUGGAGAAAUUCAGAACUUACUAACCAAGUAUGAAGCAGGAUUUGAUGUUUUUAAUGAAACUGUGAGCGAACAGUCAACACAACGUGAACAUGUAAAUCCAGUGGUCAAGCUUUGGGAACAGAAAGGAAUAAAAUUUCCAGGGAAAGGCGUACUUCCGAACAGCACUUAUUCUACUAGCAGUCAAGUAAUUCCUUCUACAGCAUCAGGGCAAUAUUUCCCCGCUACUUUGGAGGAAGAGAAUUACCACAUUAAAAUAGGAAUUGAACAAAGUUUGCAAUCAUUGCCAUUAUCGGAUAUGCACACCGUCGCUGGGAUACCCGCGAUUAGUUGUACUGGUCGCUCUGAGCGCCAUGAUUUCGUUGAAGAAUCCGAGGAAGAAACAGAUUACGGACUUUCGCUACUUUUUAAGGCAGCACAAUUAAUGAGCGAAUAA